UUUAAUUAUGAGUUCGUAAUGUUCCAUGAAAAGAGAGAGGACAUUGAUAUUCCAGUUUUGUUUUUUGCAGCAACACUUUGACAUAUCCUAUUCCCCAAAGUGUGAAAACUGUGAAGCAUGGAGCUUGUUCAUUAGAGUCUAUUCCUCAGAAUUACCGUUCAGAGGCCUCCAUUAGCACAUGGGGUAACGAGUGAUACCAAUUACGAAAGGUUCAUAAACCGAUAUUCAGCACUCAUGUCGAUGUUGGUGAGAAUAUUGGUGCAGACAGUUUUCCAAAUAUGAUCGAUGAUGACUUAAUAAGAAAUACAGUAUUGUAUUCACAUUAGUUUAAGGCAUUGCUAGGACCGCCACGAUGUACUUGUACAAUGAAGGGACGUUUAACUGCGAUAAGAAUUGUGUUGAUGACAGCUACCGGGAAGCCCUAUUGUCGCUAGAUGACCACAUGGUUUAUUGGAAAUGAAAAAGAAAACGUUUUUUCUUGCUAAUCUAGGACCUAAAAUCAUACGGUAAUUUUACAGAAUAUCCAUGAACCUUACGGGGGUAAACUGCUCGUCCAGUUUGGCGACAGAUACUAAGUUAAGCUAUUCCUGGAAACUCAUAGUGUUUGUGUCUGUAUUUCUGUGCAUAUUCUUGGUGAUCGGUGUGACAAACGGACUUCUGUUCAUACACUACAGAAAAAGAACCAUUAAGCUUCUGGAUAUUUUUCUUUUAGUCAUAUAUAUAGAGAUCACAAACCUGUGCUCAAUUCUUUCCUUGGUUCUUCUUUUAUUUGAGUCUGUGAGCCACUAUUCUGACUUAGUGAGAAGUUUAUCUUUUCCUUUCGUCAUAAACUGUUUCUGUCUGACUCAAGUUGUAAUUCUUAGACUCACUCGUCUUGAUGUGAGACCGAUUAAAUAUAAUGGAAUUAAAUGUGUUAUUUUGACUACCUGUGGUAUGCUGUUGAUGGCCAUAACUCUUCAAAUCCUAAAUUUUGUCACCUGUUUUGACAUGAAUUUGAUAAUUUUAUCAGAUAUUUCUUUUAUUUGUUAUGCGUCUUAUCAUAUGGUAUGUUUUAUUUUAAGUGCCCCUAAACUUUCCAAAUACACACAAGAAUUGAGAAAUGUCAAGCGAGAAAUAAGCAUCCAUACGCUAUCAAAAAGGAAUUAUUCCUCGCGUGAGUCUUCUGUGAAGCGCGUAAAAGCCCCUCGUCUCAGAAAUUGCGGGAACUCUGUGAAAUUAGUCAGUGAUUCAGAAUCUUCUGAAUGUUUGACAGAACAAACAAAGUCAUCGACAGUGGAAUACAGUACUUGUAGACACGUCUCUCUAUACAGAUGGGUUUCUAAAUCGUCGGCAUGUAAUUUUAUAAAAGAAGAAGGUAAAUAUGAAGGUGUGAAACGGACUUCAGACACAAAUUUAUUCUAUGAGCUCAGUGAUGAACCUUUUGCUUCGAGGAAUCAAAGAGACUCUGAGGGACUACCCAGAAAAGGUCACAGGUCAAUGUCAUUUCCACGAGAGGGAUCGGAUGCUACACCUUUAACUCUAAAAAUUCCUAGAUCCUGUUGCAAUUUGAAUAAAUCUGAUACUCUGUGUGUCAAUGAUCAUACAGAAUUCAAACACAACAUUAGUCCUGCUUCAUCUAAUAGUUCGGGAAUAACCAGAAUAAGCAGAAGAAAUCUAGGUAGUGGUUAUGUGGCAGAUAGUGAAGUUAUUAGUAUGAACUCUGAUUGUAGCGAAAAAACUCAACCUUUGGAACUUUUGUUCCCUUCUGCCAUCACCUUGCCAAAUUCAUUAUCAUUCUUAAGUUUUUAUCGCGUUCAACAAGGUCGUCUUUUACACAGACUUUUGUAUCUUUGUUACACUUUAACAGUUAUUCUCUGUGUGUCCUCUCUGGUCAAAGUGUGCCGUGUUUAUAAUUUCUGGAAACAGAAAAUAAAUGAGGAUAUUCAAAAACAGUUGACAAUUCGUUUUUUUGACAGAAUGACGGAUGCAUGUGUUGUUCUGCUGACAACCAGUGCAGUUCGUUUGGUCGUUCAGCAUCGAACAAAUCGUAGACGGAAGACCGACACGUCAAAGACAGAAACUAACAGCGUCACGUGAUUCUGCGUUUUGCUUCUUAAAGUAAUAAAUGUGUCUAUUUCAUGUAUAAAUCAAUCACUUUUUGUUGGAUGUGAGGGUUUCAUUAUUAAAAGUACCGUCUUACAAAGUCUUUGUUCUGUAUGGAAAAAUGAAUUGUCUGCUUUUAAUCAAUCUAGAACAUAAACAUCAAAAACUAUUUGAAAUUGAAGACACGUAACUUUUAAUUAUGUCACCCCAAACGGAUCUGAUUCGCGGAAGUUUCUGCAGAUGGCUUUGACAGUCUCAAUCACACUUGGCCUUGGUGACAUUUACCAUGAAAUAUGAAGACAAGAACUGUAAUAAGACUCUAAAUUCUAAAGGAACUAUAAAAAUUUGGAGCAGUGCAAACACAGACCUCAUAGAGGUUGGAUCAGGUGCCAUGGAGGAGUAAGCAUCGCUUUUCGGCCCGAAACAUCCGUCAUGUGCUCCUUGGAAUCUCUUGAUCGGACUAAGAAAAAAAUCCUUUAAAAAUAAUUUAUUUGAAAAACGUAACUCAACAUUCUACCUAAUGAAAGGUUGCAUUUGUAAACAAGGUCAUUGUAUAGAAAAAGAAAUUGUGAAACGUUGACUUUAAUUGAGACUAAAUGUCAUUUCUUCCAAUA